UUGCCUUGGGAUUAAUCCACUACUACUGAGACACAGGAUUUGAGGUCUCGCAUAAAACGGAGAGGGGGCAACUAUCAGCUUCCUGUUGUUUUGUUGCUUCAUACCUGAAGAGCCAGCAGCUUUUUCUUUAUUAUGAAUGAACAAGAUUAUGAGGAAGGUGGGCCAAGCUCGGGAGAUGGGAUUCCAAGGGAAAGUAGUCCAUUUAUUACCAAUGCUGACAUGGAUAAAGGGAUUAUCUAUGAAGGGAAAAACAUGGCUCUCUUUGAGGAAGAAAUGGAUAGCAACCCCAUGGUAUCAUCUCUGCUUAAUAAGCUAGCAAACUAUACCAAUCUGACUCAAGGUGUAAUUGAACAUGAAGCAGAUGAAGACAGCAAACGAAGAGAAAUCAAGGCUCCACGGAUGGGCACUUUCAUUGGUGUGUACUUGCCCUGCCUACAAAACAUUUUAGGAGUUAUCCUUUUCCUGCGUUUAACUUGGAUUGUUGGAACAGCUGGGGUCCUUGAAUCUUUCAUCAUCGUGUUCAUGUGCUGUGCUUGUACUAUGCUAACAGCAAUUUCAAUGAGUGCAAUAGCAACAAAUGGUGUAGUCCCAGCUGGUGGUUCAUACUACAUGAUUUCAAGAUCUUUAGGGCCAGAGUUUGGCGGAGCAGUGGGUCUCUGUUUUUACUUGGGUACAACCUUUGCAGGAGCUAUGUAUAUUCUUGGUACCAUUGAAAUUUUGUUGACGUAUAUUUCUCCUAGUGCUGCUAUAUUUAAAUCUGAAGAUGGUGAAGAAGCAGAGGCCAUGUUAAACAACAUGAGAGUUUAUGGGACGUGCAUUAUUGCUCUCAUGGCGAUAGUAGUCUUUGUCGGAGUCAAAUAUGUCAACAAACUUGCACUAGUCUUCCUUGCUUGUGUGAUCCUUUCCAUUAUUGCCAUUUAUGCUGGCGUUAUUAAGACUGCUUUUGACCCACCAGACUUUCGUAUUUGUCUUCUUGGAAACCGUACGUUGUCAAGACGCAACUUUGACACUUGUGCCAAAUUUACUAAAAUAGAUAAUAAAACAGAGACUACGAGGCUGUGGAGACUCUUCUGUGACAGUGCCUUGCUCAAUGCCACGUGUGAUGAAUACUUCAGCUUAAAUAAUGUGACUGAAAUUCAAGGAAUUCCUGGUGUAAGCAGUGGAGUCCUAAUUGAUAACUUAUGGAGUACCUAUUCAGACAAGGGAUCGGUUGUUGAAAAGAGAGAACUGCCAUCGCUUACUGGAACAGAAGAAACAAAAGUUGCAGGAUUACCUUAUGUUUUCACAGACAUCAUGACUUUCUUCACCAUGCUAGUAGGGAUCUAUUUUCCAUCGGUGACAGGUAUUAUGGCUGGUUCGAACAGAUCUGGUGACCUUAAGGAUGCUCAGAAAUCUAUUCCCACUGGAACAAUUUUGGCCAUUUCAACAACAUCCUUCAUUUAUCUGUCAUGCAUAGUCUUAUUUGGUGCCUGUAUAGAAGGUGUGAUAUUAAGAGAUAAGUUUGGAGAAGCAGUUAAUGGAAACCUAGUGAUUGGUACCUUGGCAUGGCCUUCCCCAUGGGUGAUUGUAAUUGGUUCAUUCUUUUCAACAUGUGGUGCUGGUCUUCAGAGUCUCACUGGUGCUCCCCGGCUGUUGCAGGCUAUUUCAAGAGAUGGCAUUGUCCCAUUUCUUCAUGUAUUUGGUCAUGGAAAAGCAAAUGGAGAACCAACCUGGGCUUUGCUUCUCACUGCUUGUAUUUGUGAGAUAGGAAUUCUCAUAGCCUCUCUGGACAGCGUAGCACCGAUUCUUUCAAUGUUUUUCCUCAUGUGCUAUAUGUUUGUGAACUUGGCCUGUGCAGUACAGACCCUUUUACGAACUCCAAACUGGAGACCUCGUUUCAAGUUUUACCACUGGACUCUCUCAUUCCUGGGGAUGAGUCUGUGUCUUGCCUUGAUGUUCAUCUGCUCUUGGUACUAUGCUUUGAUUGCUAUGGUGAUUGCUGGAUGUAUUUACAAAUACAUAGAGUAUAGAGGAGCUGAGAAAGAAUGGGGGGAUGGAAUCAGGGGGUUGUCCUUGAAUGCGGCUCGCUACGCUUUGCUUCGGGUUGAAGCAGGACAUCCACACACCAAGAACUGGAGGCCUCAAGUCUUAGUUUUGUUGAAUUUGGAUUCGGAACAGCUGGUUAAGCACCCUAGAUUGCUUUCUUUCACUUCUCAGCUGAAGGCUGGUAAAGGAUUGACCAUUGUAGGAUCUGUCCUUCAAGGAAUAUACUUGGAUAAAUGUGUAGAAGUUCAAAAAGCUGAAGAGAAUGUUAAAUCCUUAAUGGCAAUAGAAAAAACAAAGGGAUUCUGCCAGAUUGUGGUGUCUCCAAGUUUGAGAGAUGGAGUCUCCCAUUUAAUUCAGUCUGCUGGUCUCGGAGGGAUGAAGCAUAAUACAGUCCUGAUGGCAUGGCCACAGUCAUGGAAGCUCACAGAUAAUCCAUUUUCAUGGAGAAACUUUGUUGACACUGUACGUGAAACGACAGCAGCACAGCAAGCUCUGCUGGUUGCCAAAAACAUUGAUUUGUUUCCAGCAAAUCAAGAGCGCUUUUCUGAAGGGAACAUAGAUGUGUGGUGGAUUGUUCAUGAUGGCGGGAUGCUGAUGUUGCUUCCUUUCCUGAUUCGACAGCACAAGGUUUGGAGAAAAUGUAAAAUGCGUAUUUUCACUGUAGCCCAGAUGGAUGACAACAGUAUUCAAAUGAAAAAGGAUCUUCAGAUGUUUUUGUAUCAUCUUCGAUUGAAUGCUGAGGUGGAAGUUGUUGAAAUGUUUGAAAAUGACAUUUCAGCAUUCACAUAUGAGAAAACACUUGUGAUGGAACAGCGAUCUCAGAUGUUAAAACAGAUGCAGUUGUCCAAGAAUGAAAGGGAAAGGGAGAUUCAGAGCAUCACUGAUGAGUCUCGAGGCUCAAUCAGAAGACAAAGGCACUGUAGUCCACAGUCCAUUGGUCAAGAUAAGCAGGUUCUGGUGCCCAAUGACAAGCGAGAGGAUGAGGCUCAGCUAAUCCAUGACAGAAAUACUGCAUCCCAUUCAGCAGCAGUUGUCCAAGCCAAUGCUGCUGCAGCUGCACCUGAAAGAGUGCAAAUGACUUGGACUAAAGAAAAGCUUGUUUCUGAAAAACAUAAAAACAAAGAAACAAAUCUGACCGGUUUUAAAGAUAUCUUCAACCUGAAGCCAGAAUGGGGAAAUCUGAAUCAGACAAAUGUCAGAAGAAUGCACACUGCUGUGAAGCUCAAUGGAGUAGUACUUAAUAAGUCACAAGAUGCCCAGCUAGUUUUACUGAACAUGCCUGGACCUCCAAAAAGCAAAAAAGGGGAUGAAAACUACAUGGAGUUCUUGGAAGUUCUGACAGAUGGUCUGAACAGGGUUCUCCUGGUGCGUGGUGGUGGACGUGAAGUGAUCACCAUUUAUUCUUAAUGCCAUUACUGACUGGGCAAAGAUUACUUAUGGUUGUGUGAACAAUUGUAAUGAGAUUUCCUGGGAACUUGAAAUGAUAUACCAGCUGAAUCUUAUUAGUAUGUGUUCUGCUUUCCUUCAGAGAGAGCUGUCUGGAAGGGUUUCUUACGUCGAAAAUGUCUUUGUCAAAGAAAUGUACAUAUUGCAUUAUUAAAUAAGUGACGGGGAUCAGUAUAGUGUUUGUGUCUGGAAAAAAUACAACCAUUUUUAACGAUCUUGAGAAGGCCUAGAGGAAAAAGGGUAAUUUUCAUACAAGAUGAAGUAGUUAACCUUUUCAGUGUAUAAAAGGAUAUGACCUAAAAGUAGAUGAUGGCAUGAGGAUUUUAUGAACAAAUCAGGCAAGAUGUGACAAAAAGACCUGGUCUGAUUUUAUUCUCUCUUCUGAACCAAAAUGCUGCUAUUGUGUAUCUGUUACAGUGGUAGUCAUAGUUUAAUUUUAGCUGUCCUGCUUCAUUGUUCACAUUGUUUCUGAAGUGGGCACAGUCAUUUGACACUUUGUAUUUGACAUUGGAAUUACCUGAAGGAAUAACUUGAUUUCAAAAUUGGUUAAAUAAAAGUCCACAAUUCGGCCAUUACCAGCAGCCCUGAUUCCAUUAAAUGACCUUUGUAUACUGUAGGAAAACUAUGUGAAGUUACCCUGAGUCUCAUGAUGGUAGUCUUGCUUCCCUGCUUUGUGCAGAUGGUCGUCAGGUGAUGGUAAGGCUGCUCUGUCAGCUUUCACACAUCAUACACAGUGGCACACCGGGUUCCCCAAGUAGCAAAUGGCUCCAUGGGAGUUAUUAGAGCUGGUGGUGCCUUUUGGAGCAGUCUUUCCACUGCUGUUUGCAAUUCUUAAUUGCACCAAGCUCCCCUUUGGCUGCUGGACACACACAAUGGGAGGGGAACAACUGAGCACAGCACCGCACAGCAUAGCAUUAGCUUUCAUUUGCCACAUAUCUGUUGUUUUACCUUGUGGCAGGUGAGGAAUUUAGUUUAACAGACUACAUUGCAAUAUUCUGAUUCAGAUGAUAGUGUAGAAGUGUGGAAAACACGGCUUCCUUUGAAAAGUCAAGUGUGAUGAUAUGCUCUAUGUUCAGGCAUAGCUGCAGUAUUUGUGGGUUAUUCUCAAAAUGAAGUCUGAUGUUCUGAAAAAUGCAGUAUUUAUAAAUUACAUAAAUGCUUAAAUGAAAUAACCUUGCCACUUGAGCUGUGAGAUUUGUUGUUUAAUUAACAUUUAUUAUAGUUCACAUGCAUAUAAGUGUUUAAUAGUUACUUUUAACUUUUUUUGUCAAUGAUGCACCUCUGCAUUGAGUAUUUGUGAAAUAAGAAUAUUAUUUCUCCUCUUCCUUCCUCCCUCCCACCCCCCCAUCUUGCAAAUUAUCAUGUUAACUGUUUUGACUACUAGUGUUGGCUGAUACUGAAAAUAUCUGUUGGAUACAUAAAUCAUAAUAGCACCAAGGGAAUGUGUUGGUCUAAAAAAGGUGCGUCUGCACUGAAGACAUAGUGCAAUAUGUAAAAAUAAAUAAACUAAUUUUGAUAAUAAAAAUAUUUUUUAAGAAGAUCUGCCAAUAUAUUUUCAGUAUAAGCUUUUCAGCUGAAUAUUUUCUAUAAAUUUGCAUUGAUGAAGUAUAGUUUCAGUUGUAGAUAUAAUGUGCUUUUUAAAACUUAGCAUUCCACUUAUGUCAAUUUUUCACUCUUUGUAUGCUGUUUGAGAACACUGUAAUGACUGUUGUUUCAAAGUCUUGGUAGGGCAAUGCUCUUUACACAUACUUAUUUUAUAUCUUAGAAAUUAAUGUAAUAUUCAAGGCCCUGUUCUGACAGAUUUGCUAUAAUGGUUUUCCCAAAGUGUUUUCAAAACCUAUGUGUUUUCAGUUUUAAUGCUGCUUUUCAACUCUCUGAUUUAGGAUAUUAGAUUACAUGGUGGAGUAGUUUGAGUUCCAGACUCUCUAAAUAAUAUGUAUGAGUGGAACACAUGCCCUGGAUUGUUUGUAAUAAGACUUAACUGGAUAUAGUGUCUAUCAGGGGAAAAAACUCAGCAAAAACAUUGAUUGAUUUAACACUUUUUCAGAAUGCGUUUGAUUGUAUUCAUAAGAUUCAAUAUUGCCACACAAGACUUAAAACUAAAUUUUCAAAAACAGUAAAUAUAUUUUUUCUUUAGUGCAACUAAAUUGUAAUGAAGAAAGCUUGUGUUGUGUUGAAUGUGCAAGUAAAAACCUAGACAUGUUUAGAUAUGAACCAGAGGAGAAAGUACUCACCUUGAUGCAUUACUAUCUGUUGUUCUCCAUUCAUUGGAAUGGACGUAGGAGUGUACGAAAUAACUGGUCAUCACUGUAUGCAAAUAUGAGGUUUUUUCCGCUAAGUUUUUUAUGUGAAAAAAGUAUAAGUUCAUAAAAGAAAUGUUAUGAAAAUUAAGAAAAUGAAUCAUGGCUAAUAAAAACAAAAAACCAUGCGACUGCCUAUAUACUGUGGACCUACAACUUAUUUAUUUGUCCAAAAUAGAUCAUUUCUGUUACCUUCAAAAAAAAAAAAAAUUAAAAUUGUGAAGUCAUAUUAUCUCUGUAUUGUUCCUUUUUUAAAAAAACAUGUAAAUGUGCUUUUUAGAAAGGAUAUAAUGUGUCUAUUCAGGCUUAAGCAGGUGUUAA